CAUUUAAAACAUAAUAUAAAUAUUUAAGAGAUUUUUAUAAAUUAUAAAAAUCCAAACUAACAAGGUGUCAAAAAUCAAAGAAAAUAUGUGGGGGGUCAGUUAGGUUUAUGCCUAAACAAAAUCUUUACCUUUUCAUAUCUAAAAAGGGGUGGUUGGUGGUUUAUGUUUGAAUGAAAAAGUAACGGUCGUUUUAUAAUAUCCUAAUGGUACGAGUUAAAAGGAGAAAUAUUAUUAUUUUUCAUUUGUUUAAACAACUAUAUGCAGGGGUUUUUAUAUAUGUACAACAAUGUUAGUAUUUAUCGGUAUAUGGAAUUAUUUUCUAAAAAAAAUUAAGUUAAUAAAAGCCGGCUGCGUUUGCGUUUUUCUACAAAACGUAUAAAAUAAUAAUAAUAAUUCAAAAAAUUUCAACCCUCAUUCCAUGGCAUUACCGAGUAUAACACGAGUCAACGACUUAACAAUGUUUGGAAAUAAAAUGAAAUGAGUUGUUUGUUAAACGAGUAAGUAGAAUAUUUUGGUGUUUUUUUUUUCUAGUCUAUCCAUAAGGAGCAGAUGUUUCCUUAAGCGGAACGCGCCAACCUUAUUACACGUGUAUUUAUAUUAUGUGUGUGUGUUUUGUUGUGUGUGCGUGUAUGGAUUGUAAAGAAUUGAAAGUUGCAUGUUAUACUACUGGUGGUAUCUUGACAUAUAAAGAAAAAAAAUUACAAAAUAAACUCUAAGGGGGAAGAAAAUUUUAUUUGAGCUGAGCUCUAAGGCUGAUGACGAUCGAUAUACAUGGUUGAAUAUUUAACGUAUAUUUUGUUUUUAUUUACUUGUCAGUCCGUCCGUGACUUUGUUCUGUUUGAGUUAAAUUUUGUUGGCUGAGUUUCGAAGUGAAUUACUUGCAACAACUGCAGUUAGUACAUCAGUCUUGAAAAAUAAUUCGGAGAGUGAACACGUUUCGGUUCGAAAAAUUAAAUACCAAAUAUUUAAAAAGUUUGUUAAAGACAAUCCAAAAAAAAUAAAAAAAGAAAAUAUUCAUGUUUUUUAAAAGUGCUAAAGUGGAAUUAUUAAAUUAAAAUCCCCAUAAAAAAAGAAUAACAAACAAAAUGUCUAAACAUAAUUAUACAAAUCCGGCUUUUUGCCAGAACAGUGAAUUUUAUCCCGUGCCUUCGGCCAACAAAGAAAAUGUAGAAUCAAUUUAUAAUCGUAGCUUACAAAUGAAUUUUAAUUCAAAUACAACGCGUUAUGAUCCGCGCGAAGGUCCAUUGCGUAUGCAACGAAGCAUGUCCACGCGUUCGGUGGCCAUUAAAAAGUCUAUGGUCGAAACUUCACCAGCUGUACAUCAGCAACAACGUAUACAACACCAUCAAUUGCAAGAAAAACAACAAUUGCAGUUUUUGCAGCAACAUCCAACGCGUCCUAUUAAGCCUCAAAAUUCUAGUCGUUUGAAUGAGUCAUUUGAAACUAGAUCGGGUUCUGGCCGUUAUGCUUUAGUGCCUGUAGAAGAGUUGCCUCAAAAUCAAAAUAAUCGUUAUGCCAUUGUGCCCGGUCCACCAUUGUCGAAUAUUAACAAUCGCGCUUCUCCCUCUCCCCUGGUGGCUAGCAGACGUUAUGCUAAAUCUCAAGAUGAUUUAGAUCGUUAUUCAUCACAAGUACAAUUGGAGCCGGAAGAGCCGCAUUCUUUUCAUGAAGAUCCCUCGGCAGCUCCUUAUGCCAGUUUGCCACCCAUACUAGAUCAACCACAGUUACAACCUAAACGCAAAAUAUCUCUUCAAAAUCGUCAAUCUUCUGUGCAAAACUUACAGCAGCAACCACCCAAAAUUAAACAUGCCUUUUCCAGUGAUUUUGGCAGCAAAACUUUUCUAGUGGUAGAUAAAAACUCUAAUCAAAAAUACCAAAUGGUGCCCACCGCUGAGGAUGAGGAAUUGGUAGAUGAUAAUCAUGAAAUUAUACAAAUGCACAAUGGCAAGGCGCAUCGUUAUGCCAUGAUACCAGCCGAGGAUGAAGAGGAUUAUGAACAACAACGAGAGGAAGAAGAGGAGGAGACUUGUUUAAGUAACACCGAUCUAAAUCGCAGUGAAAACUUUUUACCUCGUGGCUAUGAACAUUCCCGUACACCCAUGCGUACCUCUACGCCCCAAAAGGGUACAUCUAUGGCUAAUUUAUGCUCUUAUCCUAAUACCCCGCUUAAAAAUCCCCAAGCUACAAAAAUGCUACACGAACUACUCUCCACCCCUCCGCGCAAAACCCCCGUUAAACCUACAACCCGUUCUCAGCACAAUACACCCCGACAAAUGUAUGCUUCUCAAAGAGAUUUAAGAAUGCAUUACGCUCAACAGAAUUAUCAGCUACAAAAUGGCACCCAAUCAGCUCCUCCUCCACCACCACCCCUUAUGCCGCGUAAGAACUCACAACUUUCUCCACAAAGACUGCACUACGAGACGGUAAAACCGUUAACAAAUGAUCGUACUAUGGCUGUUAUACAGCCCAGACUAGCGGGUUCUCGCAUACAUCCUCAACUCGAAGAGGAGGAGGAAGAAGAUUGCAGUAAUAUACAGCAGAAGCCACGCAAUAAUAAUUCUUAUCCUCAGAAAAUUGCCAAUGCUACUAUAACAUUGGCCAUUGUAUCGUUAAUGUUGGUCUUGGGAAGUUCCAUGAAUUCGGCGUUAAUUGUUUAUAUGAUUGCUCAUAUGGGCAAAUCCUUUUAUCUGCAAUUCAGUUUAGUGGCUGCCAUCAGUGGUGUAGGUUUGGGUUUCUUAGGUUUUCGUUCGCGACAUUGCGAAUGGUUACCCAAUCGUAGCUAUACUUCGGGUUAUAUCUUAGUAACCAUGUUCUGUUUGCUUAAGUGUUGUGGUCUUUUAGUAAUACUAGUGUUGGAUCCCUAUCCUGGUUUACCGCUACAUGAUGUCACCACUGGUAUUAUUUUAGGUCUAUCCACAUUCACCAUGUUUUUCAUUGGUCUGGGAGUAAUUGGUACCCUAUGGUGUUAUCGUCCUCCACCAGAUAAUCGUGUUGAUGUUGUGUAAUUUAAGUUUUAAACAUUAUUUUAAUAUGUAAUUUAUUUCAAUUAUUUUAUUUUUUUUGUUUCGUUUUUUUUUGUUUUGUUUAAUUUUUUUAUAUUUUCUUAUUAUUAUUUAUUUAGUAAUAAUUUAAUAACAUGUCAUGACGGCUAAAAUACCAAAAAACAAAUCUUAUAAUAAUUCUAUUUUAAGUAACCCUCCGAUUAAUUUCGUUUUCAAAGACUGUAUAUAAAAAAGAAACUUAUUAGUUGUUAAGUAUUUAAUAAUUUAAAUUAUAAAUUAAAUUAUUGUUUUAUAUGUGUAUGUAUAUGUAUG